UAUAUCUGUAUGCAAUAUGGCAGCCACCUUUCAGUAUAAAUAACUGUGGGAAAAUGAUAUUAUGAAUAUGAGGCACAUUCUAUACUUAAAGUUACCUAUUUCCCCAGUGCUACUUUCACAUGAGAGGACAGGAAAUCUAUAUUUGCAGCUCAGGCUGAAACUAGGAACUCCUCUCUAGUAGAACAAUAGUUACAGAUUUGGAAGAGCUGCGUCUCAGCUCUGGGGCUCAGUGAAUACAGAGUUACUUGCACCAUGACUGCGCCCUGCUGUGUAUGGGACAUUGGGGAGUGGCUGAAUCACUGAGGAACAUGAGACGGACUAUGUACAACUUGGGGAGGACAUGCUUGCUGCUAGCCCUGGGGCUUAUGCCUUGUAUGAUCAGAGCAGAACCGCCAGUGUUAGUGACAGAGUCAGUGCGGGUCUGGGCCGGCAGUUCUACAGUACUGAGGUGUCGGCAGGAUCCUGGGGACCAAUUAGUGAUGGUCACAUGGAAGGUGCAGCUACUGGAUAACUCUCACUGCACCCUGGCACUGAACUGGGAAAACCUGACCAACCGCAACAACUGCAGUGAGAGGAUGAGGCAGGAGAAUACGUCCCUCAGGAUAGAGAAUACGGCAGUAACAGACCAAGGCAACUACACCUGUGAGACUGCAAAUCCCCUUGGGAACUUCUUCACCUCUGUUUUAUUAGAUGUUUUAGUUCAGCCUUCCGUGACGUUGGAGCUAAACAAGCUUGGGGUUCCUGAGUGCCGGGCACAUGGGGGGAACCCAGCGGCAAAUAUCUCAUGGAUCCCAGAAGGUUCCAUCAGUACAAACAGAGCAAUGGAGCCAGAUAGGAGCUGGACAGUUAGCAGCACUUACACUGCAACCAGCAGCAAUGUCACCCAAGUGACUUGUAUAGUGUCCCACCCCACAUUCCCACAGCCUUACCGCACCUCCAUCAGCACCGCCGGCUCGGAUAUGUGGAAAUUCGUAACAAUCCCCCUCAUCAUUGUGCUUAUUGUGGGACUGAUUUUGCGCUGGAAACGAAGACAAAUCAGAUAUUACUACAGGAGGGGCCUGAAAUGUGCAGGAGGAACAGAAGAACAGAACAAGGAAGAGAUGGAACCGUAUGCAAUCUUCACCCAGAAAAUAAAUACCGUCUACAGCACUGCCUUUGAGACCACACGUGAACCCUGAUCAUGGACAGUUCUAGAUCCGGUCAGUUCCACAGAGUUCCAGAGCUGUUCUGCUUUGGGAGAAUUACGGGACUUUCUAUGGGAUUCCAGAAUUUUGCUCAUAAGAAACGGAACAAAAAGUUUCCCGUAUUGGAAUGACUUUGAAGUUUAGUUGUCAUGGUGAUGGAAUAUGGAAACACCGAUAAAUAGUCAUUUCUGUAUUAGAGACCACAGCUGUCGAGUCUUGUCCUGUUAGUUGCCAAAGUGGUGACAUAAACUACUUUCAUUAACUUCUGGUUUAUCUCCAUGUUGGAAUUUCCUAUAUAAAAUCUUCUAAAAGUUUCUUCCAAGGUUGGAGCAAUGUUGCCUCUCCCUGAAGUUCCAUCAUUUCAAUAGCACUUGGACAACUUCAGCCAAAAUGAUAAUAAAUAUCUUCCUUUAUUUUCCCCA